UGCAGUGGGUUGUGCGUUUUUUCCAAGACACACCUCAGAUUAUGACUGUGUGUGUGAGUGUGUGUGAGUGUGUGUUUAUGUGUGUGAGAGAGCGAGACACGGACUUGUUCAGACACGGUGAAGGUGUGGCUGCAGCAGAAGCGGUCCAUGUGUAUUUCUUGUGACAGGAGCAGAAACUUUUCCUGCAGUGUGUGUGUCUCUGUGUGUGUGUCUGUGUGUGUGUGUGUGUGUGUCUUUGUGGGUUUAAUGCGAGCGGGCAGGUUGCUGUAGCUGCUGUUUUUGUUCCAGUUGUGUGUCUGGAGCACAGCAGAGAGCAGCCCUGAGGCUCUGAGGCGCGGUGUGACAAAAGCAGGAUCCUCUCAGGUUGGAUUAAUUUUUUUUGUUUGUUUUUUUUUGUUACUUCUGUGGAUCUGAAAUCUGCUCCGUUGGAUUCCUGAGAGGUCAGCGCGUGCAUAUGUUCCUGUUGUACAGGAAGUGAACGAGCUGGCAUGGAGAGAGUUUAACACCUGCAGGACGAAACAGGUAAACACACACUGGAGCAAUCAUGAGGAGGUUCAGCUCUGAGGGCUCCCUCCUUGAUCUGGACUUUCUCCCGUGGAAGAAGGUGGCCCUGAAAAACCCGGAUCAUGAGAGGACGCGUGACUUUGGCACCUACACGCCUCACCUGGAGGAGGACGAGCUGGAUGGGGGGAGUGGCAGGGACACCCCGACCAUCCUGGAGCCUGUUGGGGCGCAUGAAGCGGGGAGGGGGGAGCUGAGGAAGGAGCACAGUGUGAGCGUGGAGGAGCUGAGCGAGUUACAUAAACAGAGCCACCUGCGGGUGAUGAGUGAGGGCUGCAGGGCGUACAGUGACGGACAGCUCGCCCCCGACAACCAGGGGAGCACAGAGAGCAUGGGGGGGGAACACCCGCCUCACCCGUCUUCCUCUUCUUCUUCCUCCACACACGGACACCGCCGAGCCAAACUAUCUGCAGCCAAACUUCACCUGAAGAGUCUGUUUGGACCGAGUCCUCACUCCUCAAACUCCAACCUGUUCAACCCAGAACACAAAGACAGCGUGGUGGAGCGGCGGUCUCGGCUGCAAUUCAUGCACCAGUGGUCUCAGGUGGGACACACUAAGAAGAGGAAGGUGUGCAUGGAGGAACUGGAGAAGUGGGCGGAGUCUCUGAACGCCCUGCUGGCCAGUCAGACCGGUGUCCAGGUGUUCAAGGCGUUCCUGCGCUCAGAGUUCAGCGAGGAGAACCUUCAGUUCUAUCUGGCCUGUGAACAGUACAAACAGUCGUCCAACAACUUCAGCAUGCAGCGGAGGGCACGAGACAUCAUCAGCACCUACAUCCAGCCCGGGGCACCCAGAGAGGUGAACCUGGACAGUAAGACCCGGGAGCUGACCCUCCAGCUGCUGCAGGCCCCCUCCCACACCUCGUUGUCCCGCGCUCAGGCACGGAUCUACACCCUGUUGGACUUGGACUGUUACCCCCGCUUCCUUCAGUCCAACAUGUACCUGUCCCUGCGGCACCCAGAUGACUAACACACCUGGACUCUGGAGGAGGUGUGGCUAAAGAGACUUCUCCCUGAGGAUUAAUCCCACCUUUAAAAAAAACAAAUGUGAUCAUCUCCUUGGAGAUUAAAUUCUUCAUGAUCGUGUUUGCUUGUUUAACACAGAACAGCUGCAGAGGUGAAUUUUCCUGUCUGUCUGAAACUCUGCUGCUCCUUUAAUCAUUAACCCCCCCGUCACCUUUGAGCUUUAACGCUUCAUUAACCCGACUUACAACGUCAGGGUUACGUCUGAGCUUCUGCUGACUCCAAAAAAACAAGUCGAUCCUGUAAAAGUUGAAUUUCACGGUGAGGAGGAGGAAACCUGAGCUCAGUGAACUUUCUGUCUCCGUCUGUGUCCUGAAGAGGGUCAAACAAAGACUGAGUGUGUGUGAACACUUCACCUUCAGACACACACCUGUUCAACAGGUAGAGAACGCCUCCUUCAGCGUUCGUCUUUCUCUAUCUCUGAAACAGAACAUGAGCGUGUUUGAGUUUUUAAGAGGAACAAUAAAACAUGUUUUUUUUUUGUUUUUUUUUAUCUCAUGAGUCUGAGUGUUCACUGUUUCAGGUGAGAUCGGUCUGGGCUGCAGGCAGGUUAAUCCGAGGACGCACCCGUACCUGCAAAGGAUGCUGGGACAUGAAGAGGUGGAGUCGGAAGUAGGUGGAGCUAAGAGACAAUACAGCGGCAUUAAACUCCAAACCUCCAAAAACCCUGUUGUUGUAGAUGAAGAGUGAAAUAUAAUCUGUGCUCAGACACGGGACAGAUCAGAACAAAUCUGAUAUUUUGAAAAAUAAACAUUCCUGAUGAUAAAGCAGCACAGGUCACGGGAACGCUUUAAACAUGGAUCAAGUUUUUAUCCUCAACAUGAACAGACUCAGUCCACACUGCAUACUGUUUCACUUUUAUUUUAAAAUAAACCAAGAAAUGUU